AUGGUUGUCCUAUCUGCAACUUUGGAGGAGUCUGUCAGUCAUGGAAUUGACCUGAACACCAACGCCUUCCUACUGGUUCAUGGCUGGACAGCUGGGCCACUCCUCCUAGAAUCCGCUGACAAGCUCCUUCCUGCUUGCCAAUCGUCCAAGACUGUGGCAGAGCUGGCCGCCGAAACCGGCGCUAAGGAGGGACCGCUAGCCAUCGUUUUGCGAUGUUGUAGUGCGCUGGGCUACCUGGAUUUCGACCCGGUGUCUAGAACUUACGUAGCUUCGCAUGGUGAAGAGCUUCAAGAGCUUCUGUCCUACUUGGAGCCAACUUCGACAGCCAGCAAGGAGCUUAGGCGAAUCUACUCCGAGGCCAAGCCUCCGUUUCAGAUCCCAUCCGAUGCUUUCAAGUGCUGUAUAGAAAUUUGGAGGGACAUCAGGCCUAGCUGGAAGGCGUCCAAAAGCAAGGCCCUUGGCAUUCUGCUUGACGGCAUCGUGCUGGUACCACUGCUCACAUCCAUCACAUACAAUGCCAGAUGGAAUGCCCAGGGACUGGAUAUGGGACGUGAAAAGGCCUUUGACAACAUAGACUUUCAAGCGCUGGACGCAGCAUGCUGCGAGGCAUUGAAAGGAAUAUUCGAGGAGCUGGCGAUCGGGAGUGUGGAUCCGAAAGGCAUCGUCUCAAUUUCUUCCAAGGGGCACUUGGCCCUGCAAAGAGCCUACUCCUACUAUGUGCCCGCUUCCUACUCGCCACUGCUGUCACAGUUCCGUGAAGUUCUCUACUCAGAUCCUGGGUGGGGUUUCGCAGGGGAGCUGGAUCCUGAUGAUGGCGAGAUCCAUGUAGAAAGAACACUGAAUGUGGUUGGAAGUGGAGCACAGCACACGACUUUGUUCAAGGAUUUGCUAGGUCACGUGCACAAGGUGUUUGACAAUGACAAGUUCGAAGCGCAGCCCAAGUUUGUCAUUGACACUGGCUGCGGCGAUGGCCAUUUGUUGCACACCAUCUACACCCACGUGAAGGAUCGCACUGCUCGAGGGAAGGUCCUGGAAGAGCACCCGCUGACCAUGAUCGGCGUAGACUUCAAUGAGAAGUCGCGCGUGGCCACGGCCUGCAAUUUAGAGGAGCAUAAAGUUCCACACCGUGUCAUCGCCGGCGACAUCGGCAAGCCGGCUGCUUUGAUGACUCAGCUCAAGCGAAAGAAGGUGGAUCCGAACAAAGCCUUGCAUGUCCGAUCUUUUUUGGAUCAUGACCGACCGUACAUUGCAGCCAAAGCUUCCAUAGAUCCAGACACCGCUCUUGCUGCCUUUGCCCUGGCAGAGCUGGCAGACUUUGUCCACUUGGAUAAAGAAGGCAAUUCGAUCCCUCCGUUGGAGCUUUUCGCAUCUUUGGUAGAGCAUAUGGCUCGAUGGGCAGAUGCCUUGCAGGGUUCGCACGGUCUUUGCAUGUUGGAGGUCAUGCAGCUGGACGUUCCCACCACGAAGCGUUUCCUGAACGACUGUGUCUCUUUCCAUUUUGAUAUUGUGCAAGGCCUCUCUCGGCAGUACAUGGUUUCGGCGGUGUCCUUCGCGAUGAGCUGCGCCAUGGCGGGACUGUUCCCGACCGACUUCAAGUCUGUUCAGGCCUAUCCGGAGCAGGGGCGCUACUGCCGCAUGAUGAACCAGCACCUGGUAAAGAAGCCAUAUGUGAUCCGGCUGGCCGAAGUAUCUGACCUUGACAAACUUCAAUCCCUCGAAGAAAAGGCCUGGGCUCCUGGCCUUCGGGCCAGCUCCGAGGUUCUGAAGGCACGGCUUGAGAAAUCACCGACGGGGAACUUUGUCUGUGUCAUAGACGGGGAAGUCGUGGCCGUCUUGUACACGCAGCGAGUGCCAGCGGUGAGUGCUGUCGACUCCCAACGGUUCAUGGAUGUGUCUGCUUCGCACGAUCCCAAAGGCCGUGUGCUUCAGCUAAUCGCAAUCAGCGCAGACCCCGAGACGAAGGUGGUGGGAGUCGGAUCCGACCUGCGCUCAUUUGCGCUACUGCUUGCCAAAUUGGAUCCUACCGUGGACACCGUCAUUGGGGUUACUCGCUGCAGCAACUACUCUGCUGACAGCGGCGUUGACAUGGCAGGCUAUGUCACUGGCCACGUUCAGGGAAAGCAUGCGGAUAAGACCCUGGGAUUCCACACUGGAUACGGGGCUCGCAUUGCUCGCCCUGUUCCUGGCUUUCGGCCAGAAGAUGCUGAUAAUGGGGGCGUUGGAGUCUUGAUCCAGUACGACAUCAAGAGCUGGACCGUGUCGCACAUGGACCUGGGAACCCAAAGCAGCACCAACGGCGAGCAGAAGACGACAGAGAAAGCAGCGACCGCCCUGAUGGCACUCUGUGAGAUCAUGGCAGAGAUGAAGCACCCCGUGAAAGAUGACGAGCUUGGGUUGGGUUUCUUCAAUCUGGGUAUCGACUCGCUUGAGAUGGUACGCAUUCGCAACCAGUUGUCUGCCUGGAUCGGUCGAGAGCUUCCAGCCACCUUCCUGCUGGACUUUCCGAGCGUUCAAGAAGCCGCAGCAGAGCUGCAGAAGCAGAACGGCAAGGCUGACGGCAAGAAGACUUCAGCCUUAGAGGUCAUCUGUGAGGUCCUGGCGGACAUGCAGCAUCCUCUUUCCGAGGAUCAGCUUUCUCUUGGUUUUUUUGUGCUGGGCAUCGAUUCGUUGGAGAUGAUUCGCAUCAAGAACAAGCUCAGCCAGUGGCUCGGAGAGGAGCUUCCGGCGACUUUCCUUCUGGACUACCCCAGCGUCCGAGAGCUGGCCGUGGAAGUGGACAAGCUGGUCGUAAAGAGCCAGGGCGUCAACGGAACUGAGGCUCCGACAGAAGCGGCCAUUCUGGACCCGGACCUGCUGGUUCAGGUACAGGAGAAGCUCAAGAAGACGUUUUCGCUCCCCCAGAACCAGAAGAAAGUCUCCGCUUUGGUUUCGAAACAUGCUGGCGAUAAAGCUGCGUAUACCAAGGCCAUCGAGGCGUUAGUAGCGGAAGUUGAGGGCCCUGUGCUAGUGAGCCUGGGCAUCAUCGACGACUUGGAGGCCGCGAAUCUCCAAAAGGGCCGCAAGCUCCUGGCGCAGAGCCUCAAGAAGCUGCGAAGGAAAGAGGAGGUGGCCAAAAUCGAGCAGGAAUUGCAGGCGUUGCUGAAGUUGGCAGACUAG